AUGCUAACGAACGGUUUCAGCGCUGCAGGAGCUGUGUUUAUUUUGCUCUAUUCCGGGAGAAUGUGGACCGUCCGGACUUUCAAUGUUACAACUGUUUGCUCACAGAGGACUACAGAGGCAAAGUGGCUACUCUUAGCAAACAAGUAGCAAACUUACACAAGCUACUGGGGAAUCCAAGUCCACCUACUUACUCUUUCUCUUCUACUCCGGUUGCUGGAUGACGCUCUGACCUGAUGGGAGUGUCGCCGCCGUGUCAUCUCUCCAUAACUGACUGGUCUGUGCUCUGCAGGGAUCCCUCCCUGAAGGGGUCUCCCACUGGAAAAUGGAGUUAGUAGGAUGCUUCUGGAUGACUUAGUGGAUGUUCCUAUUCUUGACCGUACCAACCAGCCAUGGAGGCACGUCACUCGCCGUGGAAGUCGAAAGCAGUGGCCUUUGGCAAUUAGGGCCUCCUUGGCAGUGGGACGCCCGGACUGAAUACAGACUUCAAACAGCUUUACCGCCAUGGAUCCAGAGGUUCCAGCACCUUCAUCCCUAGGAGCUUCUGCUUCGAGAUCGGAUCCGGAGGUUCCUGCGCCUUUGUCUCCUGUUCUGACUUCCUCUCCUGUGUCUUCUAU